CUCCCCUUUCUCGCAACGCACCCCCCGAGUCGCGUGUGGCGCUCUCGAUAAUCUCUCCGGCUCGGCCAACGCCAAUUACCAAUCUCCCUCCCAGAUUCCCGGCACGAACCCGCCGCCACAUCCUUCACAAUGGCGAAUCCGCCGCGGCCCAACUCCGGCGGUUCGUCCUCCGGGGAUCCCUCGGCUCCAGAGCCACCGGCGAAGGAUAAGAACACGACGAUCGUGGAGCGGCUCCUGCUCGAUCUCUGCGUACUGGAGCGCCGCGAGAAAACCCUCGAGUUCCUCGCCCGGAAUCGAGAUAAAUUUCAACAAGAUAUUGCUCCACUUCUAUGGCACUCUUUUGGCACGAUGGCUGUACUACUCCAGGAAAUUCUGUCAAUUUACAGACCUGUUGCACAAGCAAAAUUAACGCAGCACCAAUCAAGCCGUGUCUGCAAUGCACUGGCACUCCUUCAGUGUGUCGCUUCACACCCUGACACUAAGAUGCCAUUCAUAAAUGCACAUAUUCCACUGUACCUCUACCCUUUCCUGAACACUGCCUACAAAACACAAGAAUAUGAGUUCUUGAGGCUUACCAGCUUGGGUGUGAUUGGUGCUCUUGUGAAGGUUGAUGAUGAUGAAGUCAUUGCGUAUCUUCUGACUAGUCAAAUAAUUCCUCUGUGUCUGCUUACAAUGGAUAUUGGGAGUGAGAUUUCGAAAACGGUGGCCACUUUUAUUGUUCAAAAGAUCAUGCUGGAUGACACAGGACUUAUGUACAUAUGUAGCACUCGUGAACGUUUCCUUUCUGUAUCCAAUGUGCUAGCUCAGAUGCUUGAUGCACUUGUCGAGCAGCCUUCCCGGAGGUUGCUGAAGCACAUAAUCCGCUGCUACCUAAGGCUGACAGACCACCCAAGCGCCUGCGAUGCGCUACGCACUUGCCUCCCCACCGUGCUGACAAACGGGACAUUCAAUGACCUCCUUGAGACUCAGAAAGAUCUGUCAACCAGGCUAUGGCUCCACCAGAUGCUGCAUAACAUCGCGAUGGCAAGCAGUGGACACGGCGGCCCUCACGCUGACCUGAAUCGCAUCAUGGGGAGGUGAAUGGACCUGGAUGCGUCAACUCAUCAUCUGCCAAGAGCAUGCUGUAGUAGUAGUAGGGGAAGCUGUAGUAGUUUGGCCUUUGGAGAAAAACAGCACUUCGGUAGUUUUAGGGAUUAGCAGCUGUUUAGCGUUGUAAAAAAAACAGGCAACUAUCUGUCAGCCUCAGAUUAGCGUCUCGAAGUUGGAGAAGGGUCAAACAUGAGACUGAGACUCCCUCUCCUGCAAGUGGUGCAUGUUCUGGCGAGAACUCUAAUCUUAUAUAGGUUGCUGGAAAUUGGCAAUAA